AUGUUUUGUUUUGUUUUGUUUUGUAUUCCCUACCUCUUUUUCUGCCUUUUGUUUCCACUUCCAUCACAUCACAUCACAUCACUAUUUAAUUUUUAUUUUAUUACAAGCAUUUAAAACUAAAGAACUGGAAGAAUAACACUCACAACACAACAACCACACACUUCUUAAUGGAAUUAGAACAAGCAAAACAAGAGUUGAAAAUGCUUGAAACCCUAUACCCAAAUCAACACCACUAUCUCAAACACGAACUUAGAUCCUUCAUCAUUCAAUAUUCCUAUUCACAGCCUCUUCCACAAUACCACACCUCCCUCGCUUUCUUAGACACAGAAGAAUCCACCAACUUGGAGCAAACAAAGGGUAUGAAACUUGGUUUACCAGACAUAGAAGAAGUAACGGAGAAGAAGAAGAAGGGUGCUGAAAGUUCUGAGCUUGAAUCUCCCAAGAGUGUUGUCGUUAAGCAUUACCCUAGUAGCAGGAAGAAUAAGAGAAAAGACAGGGUCGAUUUGGUUCUUGAAAGGGCACAAAAUUGUCUCAAAAAAAUUAGACAUUUCAAAACAUCCUUAUUUUCUCAUUCUUGAUUUUACUUUGUUAUUAGAUUCUGUUUCAUGGAUAUUUGAAGUAAAUAGUUUAUGAGACUAUUUUUUUUCUUCCAUUUGGUAAGUGACAAACUAAGAUGUCAAUUUGUUCAUGUGAACCUUGAAAAGGUGAACAUGGGAAAAGUUAGUAUCUUUUUGGUUAGACAAACUAUAAUGGAAGAACAACUAGGGUCAGUUUUAGCCUUUAGCCUUUAUUUAACUAAAUGCUAAUCGGUUACUUUAUUAUA